GAUCUUUUUUGUGUUCUCCCGCGUCCUGACGACGUUAGAUGAUCUUCGGUUCCUUCCCGUAGCCCUACUCUGGCCGCCCAAUUUAUAGUCUUCUCAUCCGGAAGUCCAUACAUAAUCCUCCUUUCGUCUGGAGUUUUGCCCUCUUCGUGAAGCGUCCAGAAUCUCGCUUUCUCCUUCAGAUGCAUCUGCUCGGCAUCUGGAUACCCUCCCGAUAUCUUCUGAUGGCAUACCGCUUAUUCCAGAUAGCCUGGUUAUAGCUUCACCAUUUUUCACACGUAUUCUAGACACUGUCCCGACAUAUUCUAGACGCUGUCCCGAGGUGUUCUCGAUGCUCGCCCCCUCUUCCCUACUUCAUCGUGACGUUUUCUCUACUCUAUUUUCGCUAUCGGGACAUCACUUCUUGCUAACAUCUCUCACAUCUAUACGCCUCUGAUUCUCGUCACAUCACUAUUGGAUAAUCUAAAUCUAUUUUAAUUACUCUACAGGCCCAAAAUCCUCCUAAUUACCCCCUCCGAUACCCACUUCUUCCUGCCCGCCCUCGGAGUCCUGCUGCACAUUUCCACCCCCCCGGUGAAGCCUCCCCGGCCUCAAAAUCCUCGAGCCUGAGCGAUAGGGGGCUGGAUGGAUCAGGGCUCCUGGCGUUCUCCGGUCCUAGUUCCUCGGUCCGGCGACAUCCCUCUUCUGGACCAGCGGGAUCUAAAUCCAAAAACCCCGACUCCAAGUCAACCGACAUCUGGCUGAAAUCCAAAGACGUAUCUGUUUCCUGCGACGGAUCCAGGCUAUCUUGGCCCCAUCCCACUGGCAGGCUCCGGACUAUUCUGCGUAAAUGGCGUCAUUCCUUCGAGAAAUGGUCCGACGAAGAUUCAAAACAAACGCCUCCCGCGUCUCCUUUGCGAACCCCAGCCACGUAUUUCUCUUCCUCACAAAAAGGUCUUACGUUUCUGUCAGCUAUUAGCCGUCUUGGUCUUCUACAACACCCCCCAAGAUUCAGACGCUCUUACCUCUAACUACAUCAUGCUUGAACUGGGCUGGGGUCUUAUAUAUCUCGGUUUGCCAUGCCCGCAGUACAUGGCACAGCAUCGCACGCGUCAGGCAGAUUAUAUUACCAUUGAUCCGCUUCAAAAAUCCCCGGUCCAGCAUCCCUUGCAUUUUUACCCCAUCGAAAUCCUUGCCGUAUAUCGCGUCGGCAAUUUGAGGCGCAAGGAACCUGAACGUCAAGUUCUACGCCCAGCUCAGUCAGCCACUAUGUCCGCGUCAUAAACCACUUAAGACGAACCUCAUAUCCAUUGGGCGAGCACAUGAACCUGUCUCCUUCUAGGAGGUAAUCAACCCUGUGCAUAACAGCCGUAGGGUCUUUCGGAAGACUAUACAACUUUUCGAUAUUGGUACUGAUAUGGAACAAGAACUGCCCUCUGACUGCCGUGUGUUUACCACAAAGCUUUGGUUGUUAACACCCUAUUCUGCGCUGUAUCAUGGUUGCCUAAGUGAACUUACUAGUUUCAAACUCUCCUCCGACGGAUCUAUAUACCCUGCAUCGGAUAUCGCAUCCUGCGCCUUGCUCCAAACCGUGUACACCUGCGACGUCAAAGCAACGGCGUUCGGGAGUGGGUCAUCGAAAAGGGUGUACCUAAGCAUCAGAGCUAUCGCCUUCCCUAAUAUAGCACCUUCUACCCCUGUCACUGUGUUUCGCCACGAGUCUAUUGCGGGCCCGAUACGCCCGUGACUUGGUGUACCCGGUUCACUUAGUGGACUCGAGCUUCUGACGCCAGACGUGGUGAUACUAUGGGUGGCCAGCGGGGACGAAUAUCUUUCUGUUAGAUGACGGGAACGUCGGUGGACUGUAGGCUCUGCCACGUAUGGUGCGCCCCCAAGCCACUGGCGUGCGCCUAACAAGAGAUACUUCUUGCGAUCCGGAAGUUGUUGAAAUUCACACAGUCAUCGGGCCACUAUUUCCUUGUUGGCCAGCUGCCUGCGAGCCAUGACGCUGCGCCGACGCUGUACCUUCUUCAAUAUCAAGCGUUUCUGUAUCAAGUUCAGUAUCUGAUUCGGUUUCUUCAGCGUCGCCUAGGUUUUGGUACGCAUCGCUGCUAUCGUCGCUUAAAUGAACCGUUUCCAAAUGCUCUUAUCCAUCGAGCUCCGUUUCAGGUUCGAUAUAUGCCCUGGUUUGUAUUCUCGACCCCCGGGGGCGCUUGGGUGGCCUUGCGAGAACACUGGUUUCAUUUGACCCAGGAGACGGGCUCCGACAUGAUGGUUGGUAAUUUGACAGUGUUGUCCGGGAGGAGCCAGAUUGGUUCUGCUUCGAUCCCGAUCCGGAUCCCCUGCUGCCAAGCCCAUUCUGAUUACCUACUCGGGGAGUUGGCUGGCUGGAGCCCAUGGAAUUGGCUUGUCCCCUAGCCAUGGUGCAAUACAAACGUAGUGAUCGUUAAGCAAGAUAAAUUUCAGGAUAUAGGGAUGCAGGAGAAUUGGACGGAUCUCAAGUAUUGUAAAGAAGAGGAGGUUGCGUAGUUUUCUUGGGUUUAACAUGACGCGUCAGGUCUUAUACGCUGGACAUAGGGUCCAGGAGUGGCAUCACAGACUAUCACUCGGUAUUGAAUGCAAAGUUACGCCUGAGAAAAGUGGUUUUCCAUCACUCAGCAUUAGGUUCAUGA